CGGCCCUGCGGCUGCGGCGGGCGCGCUCGCGCUCGCCAUGGGCACGGUGCCGUCGGCGCUGAAGCACUGCCUGAGCCACCAGCACCUCCUCAGGGAGCCGCUCUGGACCGGGGAGCCGCCCGCGGCCGCACACGCCGCGCAGGAACCUCAAGCAUCUGGACUACCUGAGUACAUAAAGAUUGUAGAAGUUGGGCCAAGGGAUGGAUUACAAAAUGAAAAGGUGAUAGUCCCAACUGAUAUAAAAAUUGAGUUAAUCAACCGGCUUUCCAAAACAGGCCUGCCUGUAGUAGAAGUGACCAGUUUUGUUUCAUCCAAAUGGGUGCCUCAGAUGGCAGAUCACAAAGAAGUAAUGAGGGGCAUCAAGCGGCAUCCUGGAGUCCAGUAUCCCGUUCUCACGCCUAAUCUUCAAGGUUUUCAUUCUGCUAUUGCAGCAGGAGCUACAGAAGUCUCAGUAUUUGGCGCAGCAUCUGAAUCUUUUAGCAAAAUGAAUAUUAAUUGUUCAAUUGAAGAAAGCAUAGAAAAGUUUGAAGAAGUUGCUAAAUCUGCAAGGACUAUGAAUAUUCCAGUGCGUGGGUAUGUAUCAUGUGCAUUGGGAUGCCCAUAUGAAGGAAACAUCAUACCAGCUAAAGUGGCAGAAGUAUCUAAGCGCCUGUACAGUUUGGGAUGUUAUGAAAUCUCUCUGGGAGAUACAAUUGGUGUGGGGACUCCUGGAAGUAUGAAAAAAAUGUUGGAAGCUGUUAUGAAAGAAAUUCCUUUGAGUGCUCUUGCUGUUCACUGUCAUGACACGUAUGGUCAGGCCUUAGCCAAUAUCCUCACAGCCAUACAGAUGGGAGUUUCUGUAGUGGAUUCAUCUGUUUCAGGACUUGGUGGUUGUCCCUAUGCAAAAGGUGCUACUGGAAAUGUAGCCACAGAGGAUGUGAUAUACAUGCUUAAUGGUCUGGGGAUCAAUACAGGAGUGAAUCUUUAUGCAGUGAUGGAAGCUGGAAAUUUCAUCUGCACAGCUUUGAACAAGAAAACAAACUCAAAGGUUGCACAAGCUUCCUUCCAUACUGGGACUAUCAAUUAAAUGGAUUUUUUUUUUUUGCAGCUUGAUCACAUUUCUCAUCUGCCUUGACCAAGAACAUUUGUAUCAGGAAAACAAACAUAAGAAAACCACUUCAGCAAAGAAGUAAAAUAGAGUACAUAUAGAAUUAUUUUAUUAUGGGAAGAAUUAUUGUUCUGUACUGUCUUGUUAAGAAUUGUAUGAUUUGUAAGUAAGAAAUAAAUGACUGUAGUACAGAACCCCAUGACUGGUUCUUCCACAGUGAAGAAAAAAUGAAUUUUUAGUUCUUUUCAGGAAAACUGGAUGGAAACAGUGAAUACAUGGUUAGUUUUUAAUCAAGAUGACUUUCAGAACAGUACAAACAUUUGCAGUAGUUUAUGAGAUCGCAGGCUGUGUGUGGCCAUUCUGUGUUUUAUUUAUCUGAAUCUUUACUUUUCAUUUGUCAAGUUAUUUGUGUUAUGAACGCGGAGACAAAUCUGAAUUCACCAUAAGAAUUUUUUAGCAAUAGAACUUUUUUUUGUUUUGUUUAACAUCUGUUAAAUUAUGGAUGUAAGCUUGUUCCAAGACAUUGUGGUGAGUGGCAGUCUGCCAGAUCCUUCAAAUCUAAUGCAAAUUUCCUUAUUUGUUACGUAUGUUAAAUUUGCUGUAGUUGCCUUUUCUCAUCAACUUAUUAAAACCUAAUUAUAUGAAGCAAAUAAAAACUGUCAAGGUCUUCAACAUCAUUCAGGUUUAUAGUACUGUAGAAGGGGUGAAAUUUUCAUCCAAGGUCUCAUCAAACAAUUCAAUUUUUCACUCUAUAGGCUACGAAUUGAUAUUCUCCCUCAUAGGUCAUGAGCCUUUUAGGAUAACAAAAUUCUGCUGGACUAGCUUACACAAAAGAAACCACUUAUAUUUUUUUCUGUGCUCCACUGAUAGUGAUACUUUGUGAGCAUCUUGAUUUGCUUGACCUGCCCUGGAUGCGUGUUUGGAUCCUCGCAAAAAAAGCUUUGUCCUCUUUUUCCCAUGUUACAGCUGGGGCUUUCUUAUUUAGCAGACACAAUGGCUCAUAUAUCAAAACAUGAACUUAAAUGAAAUCAGGUUUUGAACCAUUCACAGAUUUAAAAAUUCUGUAAUGGAUUAGAUCCAAUGAAGAAGUGAGGAAUCUGCACGAGUAUUUAGGCUGUACUUAGACUAAUAAUUAGUAGUUAAGCCUAAACUUAGUGCCAGAUUUGACAUCCUAAAUACUCCCUACUUUAAGUGCCAUUUAUCCCUGAAGGUGACUAACCACACUGUAACGCUUUCCCAUUUAACAACAAAUUUUCCUCUUAAUUUUCUCUGUGGAGGUACAGAAUUGGCUCAUUUUGAGAUGAAGUAUGCAGUUCUCAUGUAGGACCUGAUGAAUUUUCUUCCACCCAAGACCCUGUGAGCAGGUCUCAUCCACAUAAACAAAAUUUAGCUUCUCAAAGAAUGCAAAUGAAGUUAGCUUUUGGAAAAAAAUAAAAAGCAGUUGUGAUGCAAACCACGUUUUAAAUUAUUAGCCUGAAUGUCAGAGUGGGAAAAUGAUGUGAGUCUGAGCUUGCUGCUCAGCCUGGGGAGAUUCAAAUGCACAUUUCUGGGGCAUCUUAAUCAAUGGAUCUAACCACCCCUCUAUGUACAUAACUGACAAAACCACACUUUCUAGCAGAUCUGCAUGAAGUUGUGCCACUGAGUAGGAUUGAAAUUAAAAAUUCCUAAGACUAGAAAGAUCAUAAGGAAAGACAUCUCUGCAACAGAUUGCAGAGUUCUUUUCCUUGAAGGUGGGUGAAGAGGGCUUUAACUGUCAGCCAAAUUAGGAACUGAGCAGAUACUGUCCUUUUUUUUGGUUAAAUAUACUAACUACAGCAUAUUAGAUAUAAGUAAGUGGGUUUGCUACUAACACAAUUUUUGUGUUCAAUAAAAUACAUAUGUAGAACAUAGACUACAGAAUAAAAGGACUAGCUCUGCUCAGUUCUUUGGGAAUUCUAGAAGUCUGUGUUCCUAACUACCAUGAAGUCUUGCUAGCAUUGGCUGUAGGAGAUCCUUACACUGUGGAGUUUUCCAGAGUGUCUCUGCACAGCACAUCGUAGCCUUCUCAGCAUCUGGGCUGUUCGGUUUGCAGUUCUAAGGUUCUUAACUCUCCCUAUGCAGUGAAACAGGGUACCUAUUAAAUCAUGGGGAUGAACAACCUAAAAUGUUUCAGUUCUUUAUUGGAUCUGCUUUAGAAACUACUUGGAAGCUUGUGGAGAGCCUUAAAUGCAGGUCUGUUAUUCUAUAAUGACGUGAGCAGUGGAAAAGAUGAGCAGUCACAUCUGGAGCCUGUUUUCUACCCACACAUUUAGCUUCAACCACAUAGUGAGUUAAGUAAUCUGGGGUGGAGGUCACAGACAAAUAGAUUGUUUGUCAGGAUCAUUACAAGACAGAAACAAACACACAGAAUAAAAAAACAAAAACAACCAACCAACCAAAACCCCAACCUAGUGUUUAUGUGCCAAAGAUGCCACAUGGGAAGAAUUUAGGUCUGUGGGUCCAGGUGAGCAAUCGCUAUGAAAUCCUUGUUUACUUAUAGUGUGACUGAGAAUCCUGAAACAUCUUAUGUUCUCCCUACUGAAAUUUUUUAGGCAUGUAAAGUGCUGCUGCUCUGCUUUCCUGGGUUGGCAUCAUUUUUACUGUGCAGAACAUUUUGACACCUAAUCUUUAGCUUCACAAAAUAGGCAUACGUUUCUCUUAAGAUCAAUAGUUAUGCUACACCCCUUCAAAAAUAUAUCAAGCCAUGCUCUGCAGUGCUUCUGACUUCCUAAAUCUUUAUGCUUAUAUCCAGAGUGACCCAUCAGUAGUGGUGUCUGUUCUUUUAGUCCCUAGCAGUGUCCCCCACUGAGUACUCUGCUGUCACUUCACCAUGAAGUAACCCUCUGGCUGUAGAAGGUUUGCAUCACGGCUUUCAUGAGCAGGUGUUCUUAUCACUGUGUCAUUAUAAAAAUUGUAAUUAUAUUUGUGAAAAGGUAUGAAGAAAAAGCAGCAGAGUUCUGAAUAUCGUGAUCAGACUGUUGGAAUGUGGGGACAUGCUGUUUCUCUGUCUGUUUUGCUGUUAAUGGUGAGAGCAUGUGGGAGGGAAGAACUGGUUAAUGACUGCACUCACCAAGUCUUAUCGGAGACAAAUUAGAUGUACCAAAGCUUCUGUGCUUUGGAGACUUUCUUCUGUAGCACACUGUAUCAGAGUCACUGGAGAGAUCUCACAGAAGAACAUGAAGAUCAUCUUCAAGUG